UGUUCCUCCGAUUUACAUCACCUGCCUGGUGUAUCAGGGGCACCCAGCUUGCUCUAACUCAAUCUUCGCUCCCUUUUCCACGAAUCACAGGGAUCCGCCCAGAGUCAUACUGCAAACUACUCGCAGACCAGACUGGGCCGAGGGGCUCCUGACUCCCCACGGGGCUGAGCAAGGCCUCUCCCGCCCGCCUGGCUGGGAGCUGUUGGGGUGAAAACCAGGCUGCCCCCGCCGAGUGACCCUUUCCGCGGAGAGGGGAGGCGGGGCUCCGCGGCCCCGCCCCGGCCAAUAGGAAGCAGCCCCGCCCCCGCCCGUGGCCGACCCGCCUCCCCGGCCCUUAAGGCGCGACCCGCCUCCCGCGAGUCGACUCCGCAGCCCGAGCCCGGGGCGGGGAGACAGGGACGCGGCUACCUCGGGACCCAGAAGCUCUGCGGCCGCUCGGCCGGGAAGCAUUGAGGCCGCGGCCCGCCCCGCCCGGCUCCCGCCGCCGCCGCCCGAAGCAUCCCUGACCGUGGCAGGCCUUGAGCUCAUGGGAAGGACAGCAGUGCCACCUAACAGGAAUGUGCUCCAAAUACAAACUGAACAGCCUGAGACUCCGGCAUCACACUCAGCCCCCAGCCCUCCUCCACAGUUGGGAACUGAGAACACCACAGAGCCGCAACCUGGGUGCUGAGAACAACUCCGGAGAGUGAAGCCGGGCUGGUGAGAAACAAGCCCACAGUUGACAAGGGAUCUAGGAAGCUACUUAGGGGCAGAGCUUGUCUCCUGCUGCCCCUUCAUGGUCGGUCUGUGCCUUCUGGGUGCCCCUCUGAUCCGCCCUUCGUGGCAGAGCCCCCAGCUCAUUUUCCCCAGCCCUGUGCCACCCCUCGCUGGCGGGGCGGAGCCACGCAUUCCUGCAUCCUAGCGGGUGGGAAGCAGGGCAGGGGCCUCCCAGGCCCAGAAUGCUGGCUGCUCUUGUUCUGACCCAGGCCCCGCUCUGCACUGGCGCAGCCAGAUUGCCUCUGUGGCCAGACACACCCUCAGUGUCCCUGCCUCCCUCCCCCUCGAUGCCUUCACUGGUAAAGGGCUGGCCGCCUAUGAGCCAGCCCAGAGCCAUGCUGGUCCCCGCUCAGCCCCCGCACACAUCCCAGGCCCCCCAGGGCCAUGCCUGGCUGCUCAGUGCCAGGUGCCAAGGCUCCCAGCCCUGGGAGGUGUCGAUUCUGAAACGCCCAAGUGGACAGACGAGGAAACUGAGGUGCUGAGAAAACUGCUGCCUGUGCCCUCAAAGCGCAGGUGCCCCUGCCCAGGGCUACCUGAGUGGAGCUUUUCACCGUGACUUUACGUAAGACCCAGGGGAGCUGAAGCUGCAGGGGUGGCCAGGCUGACCACAUGUAGGGUCCCCUCCCACCCCAGGGCCCUGGCUGUUCCCUUCCUGACCCUGCCUGGGGGGCUGAUUCAGGGGGAGGCGGCUCACCCCCCACGUGGAUGCGGGGGUGGGGGUCGCUCCCAGCCCACAUCUGGAGGCCAGGCCACACCCGCUGCCUUCUGAGUCAGUGAGGAUGGAACAGGUCCACGCGGGGGAGGAGGCCGGGUGCGGCACAUGGAGCCCCCUGGGGACGCGCCAGCAGGGCCGAGGCGCACGCAGCCUCCUGGGUUCUGCCUGAGCUUCCUCUGAGGCUGAGCGGGAGACCCUGCCUCGCCAUCUACUCAGCAAAGACGACACGCUUUGGAUGCACGGGAGCAGAGACAGACGGGGCCUCCGCCCAGAGAGGGCACAGUACUGUCUAGAGAGCAGCGGAGGGGCACUGGCUGGGGGUCAGGGAAGGUCUCUGAAGGGUGGGCAUCCGCGUUCACUAGCGAGGGGCAGAGGGGACCCUGCGAGCGGCCCAGGCGGAUCCAACGGAUGAUGGGCUUUUACCCAGAGCUGGCCCAACACCACAGUGGCCUCCAGGGGACCACUGCCCCUCCUCUCCCCCAUGUCCCUCAUUACCCCUGGGGAGGGGCAGCCUGGCAGACGGCAGUGAGCAGGUCGCAGGGUGGCUGGGGGCCACACUACCUGCUGCAGCCGGAAGGCUGGCCAGUGUGGGGGAAGGGGAGGCCGAGCCCCAGCACAAAAGGCCCUUGUGUGAGCAGAGGCACCUGGAGGGGAGGGGUGCCGGCCUCUCAGGGACUCCAGGGGCCCAGAGUGUGGGGACUGCUGCUGCUGGGGCGGCCUCAGAAUCCUGUCUUGGACAGUUGCAGCUAUGUGUGGGCGCCUGGGGCGGCCGGGGUGGGGGGGCUACUCCGACCUGGGCAGGACCAGGCCCUACGCAGGGGGGCAGGCCCGGCUGUACACGGCCCUGGUUCAGGGCCCGGCUCUGGCUCAGAUUUCCCAGCAGUGGGAUGGCAGCAAGUCCCUGCACGUCCAGGACCCCCGUUCUCCUCCCAUCUGGGAGUGAGAGCGGCUUCCGCCUGGAGGGGCUGCUGGGAGGACUCGGCGAGGUGAGGAAACGCUCAGGGCCGCUGGCACGAGGGAAGGGCUGCAGCGGCUCUUGCCCCAUGUCUGGCCCAGCGCGGAUCCUGAGAAAUGGUACAGGAUUCAGUCUGAGGGCCGUUUCCAGGCUGGGCAACUGUCUCUGGGGCCACCACACAGCCGCAUCCCCCAACCCGAGCCCUUGUCAGCCCAGGGAGGCCAGGACCCCUCACCUCUGGUUCUGUCAUCAUGGCUCAGAGGUGGUGGAUCUGAAACCCAAGGCCCCUGCCUGCCCCUCCUCACAGGGGGACACUUGCCAAUGGCUCCAGGCCUCCUCUGCCUCUCCCCAGGCCACAUCCUGGCGGGCCCACGGCUCCCGUCCUGGGCAGAUCUGACUUCAUAAGUGGAAAAACACCGAUCCCAUAGUUUCCACGUGAAGUCUCCCCGCUGUGGUCUCUCCUCACUUGGAAGGCGCGGAGCGUGGCGGCAGCGGCCGGCAGCCCAGGGCAGCCGGCUUCUCUGCUUACGCGCUCGGCCGCCUGCCCGUCCUGUCUCUCCCAGAUGCUGCAGGAGGGGCUGCCCCCCCGCCCCGAACCCGCCGUUCUCCCUCCUUCCCCGUCCACCUCCGCAGAGAUUCCGGUGGGGGGCUGUUUCGGGGAAAGGCAGAGUCGGAUACUUUUGGACCGACAUGUGCUGCAGAGAAGCGACGGGCUGGGGCUGAGGAUAAGGGGCUUGUUCACGGUCGUCAAGUGUUCGAGGCCGGGCCCUGCUCUGUGCGCCUCAGCCCACCCGGCCCUGAUGACGGCGCAGGAAGGAGCAACUGAUACCGUAACGAGGUCAUGUGAUGGCUCCAAGUCACAUAGCCAAGGAGUGACGGGGCUGGGGCAGGAACUCCGCUGGGCACUGGGGGCCUGACUCAUAACUACUGUGUGCCAUGGGGGUUCAGGCAGGGAGUGGAGAAGGGGGCUGGGGGUUCCUUCCUCGGUCCUUCCUGGAGCGGCGGUCCCUCACUCACCGUCUCCCGCCCCUCCUCUCUGCUCCCAGGGACCAGAAGAUGCCCCCCACGAUCUCCCCGCCCCUGCUGCUGCCGCUGCUGCUGCUGCUGCUGCUGGCCCUGGAGCCCAGGGUGCAGGGCUGCCCUUCGGGCUGUCAGUGCAACCAGCCGCAGACGGUCUUCUGCACAGCCCGCCAGGGAACCACCGUGCCUCUCGACGUGCCGCCCGACACGGUGGGCCUGUACAUCUUCGAGAACGGCAUCACCACGAUCGACACGGGCAGUUUUGCCGGCCUGCCAGGCCUGCAGCUCCUGGACCUGUCGCAGAACCAGAUCACCAGUCUGCCUGGCGGGGUCUUCCAGCCACUGGCCAACCUCAGCAACCUGGACCUGACGGCCAACAGGCUUCGGGAAAUCACCAACGAGACCUUCCGCGGCCUGCGGCGCCUGGAGCGCCUCUAUCUGGGCAAGAACCGCAUCCGCCACAUCCAGCCUGGCGCGUUCGAUGCACUCGAACACCUCCUGGAGCUCAAGCUGCAGGACAACGAGCUGCGGGCGCUGCCCCCUCUUCGCCUGCCACGCCUGCUGCUGCUUGACCUCAGCCACAACAGCCUCCCGGCCCUGGAGCCCGGAGUCCUGGACACCGCCAAUGUGGAGGCACUGCGGCUGGCUGGCCUGGGGCUGCAGCAGCUGGACGAGGGGCUCUUGGGCCGCCUGCGCAACCUCCACGACCUGGACGUGGCCGACAACCAGCUGGAGCGCGUGCCACCUGCCAUCCGGGGACUGCGGGGGCUGACGCGCCUGCGGCUGGCCGGCAACACCCGCAUCGCCCAGCUGCGGCCUGAGGACCUGGCCGGCCUGGCAGCCCUGCAGGAGCUGGACCUGAGCAACCUGAGCCUGCAGGUCCUGCCGCACGAGCUCUCCAUCCUCUUUCCCCGCCUGCGACUCCUGGCGGCCGCCCGCAAUCCCUUCAACUGCGUGUGCCCCCUGAGCUGGUUUGGCCCCUGGGUGCGGGAGAGUCGCGUGGCGCUGACCAGCCCCGAGGAGACGCGCUGCCACUUCCCGCCCAAGAACGCAGGCCGGCUGCUGCUGGACCUUGACUAUGCCGACUUUGGCUGCCCGGCCACCACCACCACAGCCACGGUACCUGCCACGAGGCCCACAGUGGGGGAACCCACGUUCCCACCUUCCAGCCCGGCUCCCACCUGGCUCAGCCCCACAGAGCCUGCCACCGUGGCCCCCAGCCUGCCACCCCCUGCCCCACCCACGGAGGGGCCCGCCCCCCAGCCGCAGGACUGCCCGGCAUCCAUCUGCCUCAACGGGGGCACCUGCCACCUGGAGGCACGGGGUCAUCUGGAGUGCCUGUGCCCUGAGGGCUUCACGGGUCUGUAUUGCGAGAGCCGGGUGAGGCAGGGACCAAGGCCCAGCUCCGCCCCCGCCACGCUGCAGCCACCCCGGCCCCUGCCCCUCAGCAUCGAGCCCGUGAGCCCCACCUCCCUGCGGGUGGGGCUACAGCGUUACCUGCAGGGCAGCCCCCUGCAGCUCAGGAGCCUCCGCCUCACCUACCGCAACCUGUCGGGUCCCGACAAACGGCCAGUGACGCUGCGGCUGCCUGCCUCGCUCGCGGAGUACACGGUCACCCAGCUGCGGCCCAACGCCACCUACUCCAUCUGCGUCAGGCCCCUGGGGGCCGGGAGGAUGCCCGAGGGCGAGGAGGCCUGCGGGGAGGCCCGCACCCCCCCAGCUGUCCGCUCCAACCACGCCCCGGUCACCCAGGCCCGCGAGGGCAACCUGCCACUCCUCAUCGCGCCCACCCUGGCCGCCGUGCUCCUGGCCGUGCUGGCCGCUGUGGGGGCGGCCUUCUGCGUGCGCCGGGGGCGGGCUGCGGCGGCUGUGGCUCAGGGCAAAGGGCAGGUGGGCCCCGGGGCUGGGCCCCUGGAGCUGGAGGGGGUGAAGGCCCCCCUGGAGCCAGGCCCCAAGGGGACUGAGGGCGGUGGGGAGGCCCCGCCUGGCGGGCCUGAGUGUGAGGUGCCGCUCAUGGGCUACUCGGGGCCCGGCCCCCAGGGACCCCUCCCCACCAAGCCCUACAUCUAGGCCUGGGAGCGACGGACCACCAAGGGCCCUCCGCUGCCAGAUCAAGGAAGUUCUCAGAUCCCUACGAGGAGGACAUGCCAGGACUGGGGUUGUGUGACCUUAGCAAGUCCCUGCCCCUCUCCGGACCUUGGGCUCCUCAUCUGUAAGAUGCUGGGACCCCGGUGAGACCUCUAAGGUCCCCCUCAGGCCAAGGGCCUGGAGCAUGGCUCGGCGCCAUCCUCUGCAACAUGCCAGCCUAGGGUGGGGCAGGCCUGCCGUGUGCUGGUAACACAGGCCCGAGGCUGCUAAGCCCCGACCCCAAGGAGACUCUGGGCGCCAGUGAAGGAAGCCCCCAGAGAAGACAGCAGAGGGAGUAGCGGGACCGGGGACAGGGCGUGUGGCCCUGGCUCGGCCCCAGGGAGCGAAGGAACAAAAGAAACUGGAAAGAAAGAUGAUUUAUGAACAAGUUUUGCUUUUGUUUUUUAAAAUAUAUUUAUAAAAGAUCCUUUCCCAUUUAUUCUGGGAAAAUGUUUUUCAAACUCAGAGACAAGGACUUCGGUUUUUGUAAGACAAACGAUGAUAUGAAGGUCUUUUUUUAAGAAAAAUAAAAGAUGAAAGAAA